GCUCCUCCGCAUUUGAGGCGCCAAAACAAAACGACCACUUUCCCUUAUCUCCCGAGUCUUCAUUCUCACCUGUUCCCCUUUAUUGCCUGUCUACCUUAUACAUCGCACAUUGGUCAGUCUCAUGCUCUGUAACAGUUCAACUUGGAGGCUGAAUCUGAUAGGAUCAAAUUCCGGAUAAUUAGAUCUCCUUCAUUUCAGAUUUUGUUGUCAGGCAAUGUGCAGAGGAGGUUUUAAGGUCUUUGAGCAUUCAGGUUGGCUAACUUUGUCAACCGUACUAUUCAUAACACAAGAAAGUCAAAUGGCACUUUCAAUGAGCUCCAUUGCAGUAGGCCUCAGAUUUGGCUCAAUUCCUAUAACCGAAGAUGCUGUCUCCAGAAAGCUUAUGCCCAGAUCUUCCAGAGGGCUUCGCAUUAGGGCAGUUCAAGAGAACGGUGGAUCACGGAGACUUGUGGACAUCAUUAGAAUUGUUCCUGAACUCUCAAGAAAUUACUUCAGAAGUCCUUCUCGGAGGGCACUAUUUGGUGGAAUCUCCUUGUUGGGUGGAUUUUAUGUUGCACAAACAAUUUCCCUAUCUUUUGGUGCUCUUGGAGUAAAUGAUGUGAUUGCUGCUGUAGUAUGUGUUCUUCUGACAGAAUAUGUGACCAAGUUCUAUUACAGCCGGCCAAAGGUUACCUUCCCAAUUGCCCUUCUCAACAACUUUAAAAUGGGUUUCACUUAUGGACUCUUCAUCGAUGCCUUUAAACUAGCCAGUUGACCACAGAUUAAUGGAACUCUUCAAGUCUGAUCCUUUGCCCACCAAACCUUGUGCAAUUGACAAUUCUAUCGCAAGGUCUUAAGUCUGGCAUCGGAAGUCAGAGUAUUCUAUUGUAAAGGCUUGCAUGAACCUUGGGCUCUAAAGGCGCUGGAUGAUAUAUGUAAUUACCUUGGCUCCUCUUGCAAUCUACCGAUCCAUUCCACCAAUCCCUUGAAACCUGUCUAUCUUCUCCAGUAGUAGCAAUUAAUUAGAGAUUGUAGACUAUUUAUCACUGUCAAACAAUAAGAACGCAUGAAUCUUGAGAAAAGCAUACAUGAACGCCAUCUAGUUAUUGGGCUUAUGGGUAGUAGGCCUUAACUCUGGAUAGAGAUAUGUAUAUAAUAUUUAGUGCAUGUGAUUGCAAAAGUGGCAGCAGCAGCAACUUCGUAGCUGUGGACUUUUCAAGA